CGUUCCAAGGGUACUUUCGCUGUCGACUGUUGAGAGAGCAAGGAUUGAUCGUAUCUGAAUCCAUAGAGAUCAAACACCCGAUUUCAAGCUGAAGACCCAAACUCACACACGCAUCAUGAAGGCUAUCAGUCCAGUGCGGUCGGUCAGAAGCUGUUACGAAGCCGUGUGCUGUAUCUCGGAGCAAAGCCUCGCCAUCGCCCGGAAUAAGCCAUCUCUGGAAGAACCCGUGGGUGCGCUGUGCGACAUGAACGACUGUUACUCUAAACUGAAAGAGCUGGUUCCGAGUAUACCGCAGAACAAGUCCGUGAGCCAAGUGGAGAUUCUGCAGCACGUUAUCGAUUACAUUUUUGACCUGCAGAUUGCGCUUGAGGACGAGACGACAGCCACACCUGAAAUGGUCCUGUCACUAAAGGCGGCAGACCUUGCAUGCAAUUUCUCCAAAGACGAUGGUCGGUUGUGUCACUAAAGGAGUAGAAGCAGAACUUCCACAUAUGGUGCAGGGAAACACAUGUCUCCACUUCACUCCAGGCAAGAGGACAAGAGGGGCAGAAAGGGUGGGAUAGGUAUUUGGAGUGGAGAGAGGGGGGAUAAAGAGAGAGAGAGAGAGAGAGAGAGAGAA